AUGCUGGCGUGUUUACGUCGAGGAAGCUCCCGAACCUAUUUUUCGCAAGGCCCUUCUCCGGCUGGGCAGGAGCGAGAGCUGCCCAUCAGCAACGCAGAGAUUUUCGAUAUAAAAGGUCGGAGCAAAGAGGGAAAUCCGUGUUCUCUGCUGUUCGAGUGAAAUGCCUUUCUUUUUGUCCUGGGCUGGGUUGCGCGAGAGAUGACUCCUCUUACAGCCCGUUGAGGCUGCGCGCAAAGUCUGCGGGCGAGUAAAGCGCCCUGCGCUGCAUUUGCUGUGCCGGGAGAGGCGCCGCGGAGGCGGAGCAAUUUAAGCGGGUCCGAUGGCCGCAUCCCGGGCUGGCAGGGUUCUCGGCAGGGGAUUUUGGGGAGUGGAAAACCAGCCGGGCCCCCCUGCUGGUCCCCAGUCCGCCCUCUUCCUGCUGGGCCUGCACCGCAGGGGUGUCGCCGCUCUCCCGCAGCCGGCGGGGCUUCAGCCAGGGCUGGCGACAGAAGAACAGCUGAGCGGGACCUCCUCGUGGUUCCUUUGCUGCAUCUCUCAGGAUUUCGGCCUCGCCCUGAUCCGCAACUGGCGGCCUUAGUUGCAGACCGGACCUAAGCUGCCGCCUCUCCCUCCAGGCUGGCAAUGCGCGGGCAUACGAAAUGUGAUUUAAAAGAAAUGUUUAGGGCUUUGACUCUUCCUCCACCCCACGCCCAUUUGAAAUGUAAAAUCAGCCCUAAUGACUCUCUGCUAAUAGUCACAGCUGCGGCGCUAAGGUCCUGUGCGUCUCCUUUAAAGGUUUCCGAUAUCAACCCGGAAGUUGGUCUUGGCGUGUGAGUCUGCACGCUGUAAGUCUACGCCUACGCGCGACCUCCUUGCCCAUAGAGAUGCUGAGGGCUAGAGCGCGCCGCUCUGCCGCCCUUGCGGGCGUCGGGGGUGCUACUCUCAACGUUUCUCUCUCUAGGCCUGAGACGUUCAAAGGAGUCGCCGGCGGUGUCGUCACAGGUGCGCGACGGAGCGGAGGGGGGCAGCCCGAGGGGAGCGACCCGGCGGGGGAAGCGCGGCGCGGCGACGAGCACCAGCCAGCCUUAGCCGGUGAGUUCCGCCGCUGAGCCCGUCUCGGCCCUCGGGACCCGUUCCGGUUUCUAGAUCCGCGGCUAGAACGGCGAGUGUGUGAACGCGGCGAACACGUGUCUCCCGCGCGACAACGCUCCUCCGGGAAACGGUGGUAAGUUGGGCUCCUUGGCAAAAGUGGCGCCGGCGGCGAGUCCGGGUAAACGGAUUAUGUCCUGUAUCAACUUUUAUGUUGUAUUUUAACAGGCUAUAUAACUAUAACUUAUGUAUAGCUACAUAUACAUAUGUGCGCGUGUGUAUACACACACACAUAGUGUCUCUAUCAUCUAUCUAUCUAUCUAUCUAUCUAUCUAUCGUUUUAAUUCUAAUCAAUGUUUAAUUGAUUUUUAAUCGUUUCCCCUCCCCUCAUGUUUAGAUGCACUUAUUUUUAUCUGUAAGCAUUCUUGAGUCUCCUGUCGGGGCGGGGGGAAGUGAGGUAUAAAUACAUUAAUAAUAAUAAUAAUUAAAAAAAACAAUAAAUAUGAAGCAUGAAACAGCAGACCCUAUUUUUUGCCAGCUGCUCCUCCAGAUUUCUGAGAAAUCAUAUUUGGUUGGCUGCUUGUGAAAUAGCAUACUUGUUUGUGUGUAUGUUUGUGUGUGUGUUUUCCGCCAAAGUACCUGGAACAGUUACAGUUUUAAAAUACUCCCUCCCCUAAUGGUGCAAAAUAUAAAACAGAGUUCUCUCCAUUUGAUGGGUGGGUCCUUUCCUCUAGGCAUGCAGUUCUUUUGGUAGUCCAAAGGAUCUGGCCCCCUAUUCCCUCAAGCCCUUAAGAAAUUUUGUUCCCAUUCUGAAUGUAUUUGUUGCUUACAAUAAAUACCAGCAUGCCUGGAAUCAUUAAUGUUAAUGGGCCUGGGUGUAUGGUGCUAUUUAUGCAGUGCUAACUUAAUAGUUUUGUCUUUAAUGCUCCACAGGCUGUUUAAAUAUAUUUUUAUUGUAUCAACUUCUGCUUUGUUAGUCCUGCCUUUUUAAAAGGACAUGUAAAACACUAUUUUUAAUUAAUUUCUAGAAUUUGUUGGAAGAGGAUCAAUUCUAACAGUCUCUGAAGAAAGAUACUGCUAUCUUGGAAGAAAUGGUGGUUUUCACAUGUAA